UUUCAAUGAAUACAAAAACUCAAACAGAACAUGAACAGAUGAAUUUUUAUGUAUUUAUAAAUCUCUUUAAUAACUGCCUAUAAUUUUUGAUUGAGAUCACCCAACCCACUAACUUUGCUUUGUCUCUUGACAAACCACUCCAUCAUCAUCAUCACCUCCACCACCAUCUAAAAAAAUGAAAAUGAAAUCACUUUCUUUCAUUUUCAUUCUUCUCAUUCAAUUGAUCUCUUCAUUUUUCGGUGUAAAUUCUCAAUCAGAUUCUUGUAAUUCCAAUAAUCUGAGUAAUCUUAAAGGUCUUCCAUUCGAUACAACUUCUCUAAGUUGCUUCAAUCUCUGGAACGAUCAUAAUUAUAUCCUUAGAUAUUCAAAAACAGGAUCAGACGUAUGGAAUUUCCUACUUUCGGCCCCGAACUCGAACAAUUACAUCGCAAUCGGGUUUUCACAAAGCGGAAAAAUGAAAGGGGGUAGUGCCGUAGUGGGAUGGAUUGGCCCAAACAGUAUUGGUAUCGCUAAACAAUACUACUUGGUUGAUAAACAACCGAAUGCAGUAUUCUCAGAUCAAGGAAACUUAACUUUUGUCGAUAAAAAAUCACCGGCGAUUACAUCACAAAACUCACGGUUAUAUCUUUCAUUUCAAUUGAAAACUGGACAACCUAUAACGAACGUGAUUUAUUCCAUCGGAGUAGAUGGUUCGCUGCCCAAUCCGAGGUUCCAGUUAUCACAACAUGCGGAUCAAGGAAAUAUACUAGUCAAUUACCAGACAGGUCAAGCUAAAGUUUUAGGUAAGCCAUAUACAAGGCUAAGGAGAGGUCAUGGGUCUUUAAAUAUGAUAGGUUGGGGUAUAUGUUUGUUGAUUGGAGCCAUGGUUGCUAGGUACUUGAGAGAAAAGGAUCCCCUUUGGUUCUACUUACAUGCUUGUAUUCAAGUUGUUGGAUUCAUUCUUGGAGUUUCUGGUAUCAUUACUGGACUUGUACUAGAAGAUGUUUUAUCUGCUUCAGUGGACAGACACAAGACUAUUGGUAUCUUUGUUCUCAUUUUCGGAUGCCUACAGGUGAUUGCAUUUUUGGCUAGACCUAAAGUGGACUCGAAAUUCAGAUUUUACUGGAAUAUUUAUCACUGGACUGUUGGAAGGACAAUGAUUAUCCUUGCAGCCGCAAAUGUGUUUUACGGACUCAAGUUAGCAGACGAACAUAAAGGAUGGACUGCUGGAUAUGCAGUUGCUCUAUCAAUCCUGAUUGUUACUGCAAUUGGGUUGGAAAUAAGAAUGAGGAUGAGAAAGUAGAUUUACUUGUACUUGUUGUGUUAUUUUUCAAUUGGUUUUUUCUUCUUUUCCUCUCCAUACCACCACUUGAUGAGAUUCUUUUUUGUAACUAUUUAUUAGAAUACCCUUUCGAUUUUUGGUUGUUCUUAAUUCGAUACCGUGCAUUUUCUUAUGGAGCUAGAUUCUUGUUGUGUCUGUAUGCGUGGUGAUCAAGAUGUUAAUAACUCUUUCUUUGGGUUUGGGAUA